ACUACAGUACUUAUUGUGAUACGAUCACAAUAGUUGUUUAGUCUCAGCCAAUGCUACAAUUUUAAGAAUGCCAAAUCAAAUUCUUAAAAAUACUAAUAAAAAACUAUGUUAUUAUUUAUUAACAUAAAGCAACAACGAACAAAAGAGGACCUGACGGUUGCAGGUUUUUAAUUAGAUGAUCAAAAUGACAAACUAAAAAAGUAAUAUUAUAAAUCAUAACGUAAAAAACAUGGUCAGCACAAAGAUGAAAAUUGGAUUAUGAUGAUGUGGACUGUGGUACGGCUACGCUAACCAAAACAAAACCUAAUGCGAAUCCGAUUCUGGAACGAUGUCGUCAAUCGACAGUAGUCAUUUUACAUCUGCUUUGAGCUGUCAAAGCCAAAUAGGUUAUGUUUAUAAAAAUUGAAACUAAGUGUUAAGUGUUAAACCUAAAAAUGGUGACUUGUGAGAAAAAACUUUUGCAGUUUGUUCCUUUUGAAUCAUGUGUUGAACCAACAUUUUGGCAUAAGUUCACCAAACUUAAAUUAGACGUUGAUAUGCUAGAAGAAAAGGUUAGACCUAUUUGGGGAAGCUACUCUCCUCAAUAUCACAGAAUAUUAAAUAUCGAUUGUACUUCUUUCAACAAGGAAUUCAACUACACAGCUAAUAACUGGAAAGCUCAUGGAUAUCAUUUAAACAUGAACACAUCUGAUAGUUUUAAAAAACAUGACAAAAUGAAAAUGCUUGAUGACUAUGGUAGAAGAUUGAGAGCAGCUAUAAGUUCUGGUGAAGCUAUUCACUGUCCGUCUCUACUAGUCAAUUUUAUAGUAUUAACCUUUGCAGAUUUGAAGAAAUAUCACUUUUAUUAUUGGUUUGCUUUUAUUGCAUCUGCCAAACCAUUAUGUUUCUUAACAGAACCAACAUGUGAACUUUCUAACCAUUUCAACAAUGACCAGGUGAGACAUUUGAUUUAUUUUAUUUAAAAAAAUAAUGAUUUA